UCCUUAGUUCUCCGUAGGUACUUUCCCCUGACCUGUCGGCCGCUCUGGCCCACCGGUCCGCCCCCACCUUGUUCCCUUCACAGCCAUGCAGCCCUACAUGGUCAACAUCAAGCUGUCAGCCCGGACCCUCACCGGGGCGCUCAACCCGCAGAACCGAGGGGCGGCGGACUGGGGCUGGCAAGGGUUGAUUGCAUAUGGAUGCCAUUCUCUCGUUCUGGUUAUUGAUUCCAAGACUGCCCAGACCCUACAGGUUUUGGAAAGGCACAAAGCUAAUGUUGUCAAGGUUAAAUGGGCUAAGGAAAACUACCACCACAAUAUUGGAUCACCUUAUUCUUUGCGCUUGGCUUCUGCUGAUGCCACUGGAAAGAUCAUUGUUUGGGAUGUUGCUACAGGAGCUGCUCGCUGUGAAAUACAAGAGCACACAAAACCCAUUCAAGACAUGCAGUGGCUGUGGAAUCAGGAUGCCUCUCGAGAUCUUCUCCUUGCAGUUCACCCACCAAAUUACAUAGUGUUAUGGAAUGCAGAUACUGGCACAAAACUCUGGAAGAAAAGUUAUGCAGAAAACAUCCUUUCUUUUUCGUUUGAUCCCUUUGAUCCUUCAAAUUUGACAUUGCUUACAAGUGAGGGAAUAGUGUUCAUUUCGGACUUCUCUCCUUCCAAGGCUCCUGUCAGUUCAGGGAAAAAGGUUUACAUUUCCAGCCCUCGUUCUAGUCCUGUGCAUAACAAGCUGGUAUCUGCUGCAGGGGCUAAAAAGGCCCUGGACAAAGUAAAAAUUCUCAUCACUAAUGAAAAACCAAGUGCUGAAUCAGUAACACUGAAUGACUGCCUUCAGCUAUCCUACCUGCCUUCCAAGCGAAACUACAUGUUGUUACUCUACCCAAGAGAAAUCUUGAUUCUUGACCUUGAAGUAAACCAGACAGUAGGUGUGAUAGCAAUCGAAAGAACAGGAGUGCCUUUCCUCCAGGUAAUCCCAUGUUUUCAGCGUGAUGGGUUGUUCUGCCUGCAUGAAAAUGGCUGUAUUACUUUGAGAGUUCGCAGAUCUGUUGGUUGUAUAAACAGCACAUUAAAUGAAGAUCCAGAACCUGACCCCAUUCAGGAGCUGGUCUAUGACUUACGAAGUCAGUGUGAUGCCAUCAGAGUUACCAAGACUGUUCGCCCCUUCACUAUGGUGUGCUGUCCUGUGAAUGAAAAUUCUGCAGCUCUCAUAGUCAGUGAUGGUAGAGUAAUGAUAUGGGAGCUGAAGUCCACCAUUUCAGGCCGAAGUCAACGGACUAGCAAUUCAACUGCAUCACCUCUGUACUCGCCAGUCUCAUUCUGUGGAAUACCUGUUGGGGCAUCUCAGAAUAAACUUCCAGACCUGUCACUGGAUAAUAUGAUAGGGCAAGGCACACUUUCUACCGAAGAGCAACAAAAAAGUUACUGUUUGCAAGAAGUGCAUUUAAAGUUCCUGCUAACAGGGCUUCUUUCAGGACUCCCUUUGCCUCCCUUUGCUAUCCGCAUGUGCCCACCUCUCACCACAAAAAACUUAAAACAGUAUCAGCCUCUCCUUGCUGUCGGAACAAGCAAUGGCUCAGUCCUGGUGUAUAAUCUUACCAGUGGGCUCCUACACAAAGAGUUAAGCAUUCAUUCCUGCGAAGUCAAGGGCAUUGAGUGGACAAGCUUGAGCGGCUUCCUUUCCUUUGCCACAUCGACACCUAAUAAUCUGGGGCAGGUGAGAAACGAGCUGCAGUUGGUUGAUCUUCCCACAGGUAGAAGCAUUGCAUUUCGUGGCGAACGAGGUAGUGAUGAACCAGCUAUUGAAAUGAUAAAGGUGUCUCAUUUGAAACAGUAUUUGGCAGUAGUAUUUAAAGACAAACCUCUGGAAUUAUGGGAUAUCAGGACUUGUACACUUCUCAGAGAAAUGUCAAAGAACUUCCCUACAAUUACUGCUUUGGAAUGGUCGCCUUCUCACAACUUGAAGAGCUUAAGAAAAAAGCAGCUUGCAGCCCGCGAAGCUAUGGCCCGGCAAACAGUGGUAUCAGAUACAGAACAGAGCAGUUUGGAGUCAUCGGUGAUCAGCUUAUUGCAGGAAGCUGAGAGUAAAUCGGAGCUGAGCCAGAACAUUUCUGCUCGGGAACACUUCGUGUUUACAGAUACUGAUGGACAAGUUUAUCAUUUGACAGUAGAAGGGAAUUCUGUCAAAGACAGUGCAAGAAUUCCUCCUGAUGGAAGCAUGGGCAGCAUAACAUGCAUCGCGUGGAAAGGAGAUAUCUUGGUCCUGGGAGAUGUUGAUGGAAAUUUGAACUUUUGGGACUUAAAAGCCAGAGUAUCCAGAGGCAUCCCCACACACCGGGGCUGGGUGAGGAAGAUACGCUUCGCCCCUGGAAAAGGAAACCAAAAGCUAAUAGCAAUGUACAAUGAUGGAGCUGAAGUUUGGGACACAAAGGAGGUGCAGAUGGUGAACAGCUUAAGAACUGGAAGAAAUGUCAAUUUUAGAGUACUUGAUGUUGACUGGUGUACUUCUGACAAAGUGAUCUUAGCAUCAGAUGAUGGCUGCAUCAGAGUGCUAGAGAUGACAAUGAAAUCAGCAUGUUUUAGAAUGGAUGAGCAAGAGCUAACAGAACCUGUGUGGUGCCCAUAUCUACUUGUUCCACGAGCUUCCUUAGCAUUGAAAGCAUUUUUGCUACACCAACCGUGGAACAAUAAAUACUCUCUUGAUAUUUCACAUAUAAAUUAUCCAGAGAAUGAAAAUGUUAAAAAUCUGCUACAGGAACAGUUGAACUCACUGUCAAAUGACAUCAGGAAACUUUUGCUUGAUCCAGAGUUCACCCUCUUGCAACGAUGUCUGUUGGUUUCAAGGCUGUAUGGAGAUGAAUCUGAACUGCAUUUCUGGACUGCUGCCGCCCAUUAUUUGCAUACUUUUUCCCGGGGGAAACCAUUAACUGUAAAAGCAGAAGACACAAUGAUUCCUCAAGGAAAAUGGAUCAGUCCACUAGAUAUAUGUUAUGAUAUACUGUGUGAAAAUUCCUAUUUCCAGAAAUUCCAGCUUGAAAGGGUCAAUCUCCAAGAAGUUAAGAGAUCAAAUUACGACCACACCAAAAAAUGCACUGACCAGCUGCUGCUUUUGGGCCAGACUGACAGAGCUGUGCAGUUGCUUCUGGAGACAAGUUCCGAGAAUCCCUAUUACUACUGUGAUUCCUUAAAGGCAUGUCUGGUCACAACAGUCACUUCCUCAGGUCCUUCCCAAAGUACUAUUAAAUUGGUAGCGACCAACAUGAUUGCAAAUGGAAAGCUGGCAGAGGGGGUCCAGUUACUGUGUUUAAUAGAUAAAGCUGCUGAUGCCUGUCGUUACCUGCAGACCUACGGUGAAUGGAAUCGAGCAGCAUGGCUUGCAAAAGUUCGUCUGAAUCCAGAGGAGUGUGCUGAUGUCUUCAAGCGUUGGGUUGAUCACCUUUGUUCUCCACAAAUCAAUCAGAAAUCCAAGGCCAUCCUCGUCCUCCUUUCCCUGGGUUGCUUCGUGAGAGUUGCAGAGAUGUUGCACAGCAUGAGGUAUUUUGACAGGGCAGCCUUGUUUGUUGAAGCUUGUCUCAACUAUGGCACAAUUGAAGUCAACGAAGAUUCAAAAAAACUCAUCCAUGCAAUAUUUGCAGACUAUGCCAGAAGCCUGAAGACUCUGGGGUUUAAACAGGCUGCUACUUUAUUUGCCUCAAAAGCGGGACCAGCUGGUAAAGAUCUAUUGAAUGAACUUGAACAGCUGAAAGAAGAAGAAUGACAGCUCUUAAGCGAACCACUAAAAACAGAGAUUUCCCAUCAGAUGUAAUCAUCAGUGAAGUAACUCUUUUAAAAGACAAUGAAGGGGGCUUCUUUAUGGUGAAAAAUACAGUUUGGUCACAGUAGAAAUUGGAAAUGCUGAAUGUCAUGUGUGGGCAGAAUUUUCUCCUAAUUUGUAGAGAUAAUGAGUUAAGGAAAAUGUCUGCAUUUCUCUUAAACCAAAAUUUAAGUGCUCAUAAGAGCUUUUAGCUACUUAAGGCAAAGAAAUGAUUCAUCUUCUGGUGUCUUUGAAUGAAAAGUACAGAGCCAUUUUGCAACCCCCAAGCACCCAUAUCACAUCUGACAUUUCCAGCAGAAUCUCUUGCAAUGAUGCAGAUGAUAUUGGGACUCAGUCCUGCACUCUAGCAUUCUCUGUGGCUUUGUGAAAAGGAACAUACAUUUCAGUUUGUACACUGCUUCACUCCUUCUGCUAAAUAUAUCACUGCUCCAAGCAACAUCUAGCAGCUUGCUCACUUGAUACUGGAGAUGACCUGGUAUUUCAUCUUAAAGUGAGCUUCUUCAAAAAGGGGGAGACUCUUUCACCCAAAAGCAUGGGAGCUAUGCAGUUCCCAGAGCUUGUCUGACCAGUCUUCCUUACCAGUUGAGGAAAAGCUUGGACAGGAUUCCCUUUUAAAGCAUGAUCUCUGUGUAUGUCUUCCUUCACCCCCUCCCCAAGCCCACGUGACUAGUAAGCCCUGCUGUGGACUUGCUUGCAGCCACUUGGAUGAGAAGAUGUGUAAUGGGAUCCUGCCUGAGCUUUAGCACCUUGUUGGGAUGCUUCCCAAGCAUUGUCAGCCGAGCUCUGGAAUUUCCCAAGUUCUUGCUGUGAAGGAGUUUGGAGGCCUUCAGAGCCAGUGUUUGAUACGCUUCCUGCUUGUGUCAAGGAGCCAGGCAAGAGACAUAGAUGGAAUUUCAAGUGGACUUGAAUAAAAAACAUAUGAACUCUGCUGGAUCAGACCAAAGACCUACCAUCUAGCCCAGCAUCCUGUUUUCCACAGUGGUCAACCAGAUGCCUAUGGGAAGCCCACAAGCAGGGCAUGAGUGCAAAAGUCCAUUUAAUGCUGGACGUUUAUGCAGAAGUCCCCUCAGGCUGCCUCCAAUUCUGGAGGUUGUAUAUGGUUAUCGUGACUACUGGUCAUGAUAGCUUUAACCUCCUUUUGUCCGAUCCCCCUUUAAAGCUGCUCAUUUUACAAACAAAACUAAAAAUGAGAGUAUGCUCUCAUGUACAUUUUACUGAGCUCUCUUGGCUAUUUUAAACGAACCUAUAACCCUAACCUAUUUUAAAUGAAUCCAAGGUUAAACUUCUGCCAGUUGCGUAAUACUGUUUUCCGUUUGAAACUGGGACAGGGGCCCUUUUUCAGAGCCACAUUUCCCUGCGGGGGCAGCCUUGUGGGGCCUGCGUGCCAGUGGUUGGUGGGGCCCAAGGCCAUAGUAGGUGGAGCAACAGAUAAAACUUUCACCUGUAGUGCAGUCUACAUUGCAGCUGUGUGAAAGCCCCACUCCAACUCUUCUGUCUUUGAUCCUACAUUUAGGCAAGCAAGACACAUUAUCAAGCUUCAAGGGCUCUUUUUUCAUAGUUUUUUGUAUUUUUUUUACAGUCAAACUAUAUAAAUUUUAUGAAAUAAAUUCCCACCAGACAAAACCACUCAAGGUAGCAGGAUAGUAGGGGCCUUGGCCUAAGGAAAGUUCUGAGGGCCAGAGAGGUUUAGACGGACACAUUCAAUCUAUAGCUUAUAGGUUCUCUCUCCCUGGUUUAGGAAGAAAAGCACAGUUCUAUUAUGCUAAUUCUUUAUUUCUCCUUUUGUAUUCUGGGCAUUAUGUGUGUGUUUAAUUGCACGCUCAAAUACAUUCUGAUCACGGCCUGGUCUCUUUGUGUCGAGGCUGCCAUCCCAUUCUGUAUACAUUAAAGCUUUAUUAAUGAAAAAUGUAUCUUUUAAAUAUUUUAUGCAGCUUUUCUCCUCCAGAAAAUCAGUAUGGGUUUUCAUCAUCACUGUGGCAUAAUAUGUAUGGCUUCCUGAAUUGCUUUGGUUCCACGGAGGUAUCUGUGGAUUCUGUUUUUUUAAGUAUGCAUCUUCAAUAGAAGGGAGCACACAAAAGUUUCCUCCUUUCUGGCUGAUGAUCUAAUCUAAUGGGUAUACUGUGCAUAAAAUGUAUAGCUGUAGUACAGUACCAAAUUCCAUGAUGCACUCACUCAUUCUUAGAGCAGAAAAAGAUGUUAUCUCUUUGGGACAGCUUCUCCCUACAUCAUUCUUGAUAGUAGGAGAUAGUAGUAAAUCAUUCAGUGAGAGCAAAUGUGUAUUUCACAAGCAAGUACCCUAAGAGUGGGGAUGGAGAGUCAGAAAUGAACAAACGCAUGUAGACUUCAUAAAACUUGGGAGGAAGAUUUCCUACCUACAUGGGCUUCAUAAUAAUAAAAUAUUAAUGCAGAUUACAAGAAAACAGGGGAAACACACACAUUUGGUAUUUGGUCAUUUAAACUUGCCCAUAUUGUUUUGUUCCUUGUGUUUAUUAUAAGGGUGUAUUAUCAGGACCUAUUUGCAUUCCAUGAUUUUAUAAUUUCACUUACGAUUUGCACUUAGAAAUGGGUUCUAGGUCCUCAAACACAACUUUGUUUGCCAGUUUAAAUAAAUCAGUUAAUUGUGCAAUACUGAUGGAUUGAUGUGAAACCAAUGUUUUUGCUUUGGAGCUCAGCAACCACGCAUUGCCUUUAACAGCUAAUGUCACUUUGGCACAGCGAAGGGCGAAAUGAAAUAUCUUAUCAAAGGAAGAACAACAAAAUGACCCCUUUUCAAGUUCUUGUGAGAGAAAUGCUCAUGUUGGUUGGAUUUCCAACUUCUCUGGGAACUGGAUAAUUGGUUUCUGGCAAUAUGUAAUGUGCACUGAACUGUGGAUUCAUUUAACUGUGUUUUGAAUGUCUCCUUUGGCUCCUUUUCAUACAGACUGCUUCAUAGGAUCAGUGCAGUAGAGGAUCUUUUGAUGCUGCCUCUUUCAUCAGGUUGUGAUUUCAAAAUUGUUAGAAUUUUAGACUGAGAAUAGUCUUACUCAGAUCCUCAGACUUCUUGAAACACAGGGAGUCUUUGCAGUGGUUGAAAGGCUAUUGUGGUUAACAAGACUGUUUGAGUGCCUGCCUUCUGUGCCUAGUGCUAAACAGUAGUGCUAGCCACUUGAAGACAUUCUAAAACAAUCCUAGGUACUAUAUACCAUGGCUAAGUAGAGAUCUGUUCAAAACCCAUUUAUGAUGUCUGGAAGCAUUUCUAUCUGCAGAAUGGUCAUAAGCUGGAGAAAUGUAUGAAGAUGCUUGCUUACAAAUGUUCUCAGCCAGCAAGACCUAUUCCGUUCAUUUAACUGGCAGGAAUUGUAAAAGUCUGGGUGGAGGGAUAUCACUAAUUUCAAAUGAAACAUCAGAUCUGUGGGCAUAUCUUUCUACGUGCAUGAAAAUGCUGCGUCCAUUGAAAUUAAGAGGGCAGCUCACAGGAGAAAUACCUCUAUCAGAAAAACACAGAUCUAGGAUGUGAUGACUGCAUGAUCGUAUCUUUAUUUCUUUGGUUCACAGUGGCAUUUCCCCGCAUAUCUAUUUUUUGGUAUAGCAGGCCAAGUUAUCUCUUAGAAAUACUGGCUGGGGGAAAACAUGAUUAUAUGUGAUUUGCGCUCAUGAAAGCUGGUCAAUUCAAAAUAGUGCUUGUUAAGUGAAUAAUGUUCAGAAAACUGAUUAUUCUGAUUUUGAUAAUUUGCUCAUUUGUUAGCAUAUUGUUAGUUUGUCGAUACUCACAAUUUUUGUAGUCUGGUUUUUCCAUAUAUCUUCUAGUCUCUUAAGUUUCUUUCCCUUUCUUUUCUCCUCCUUAUGAAAGACAUGUCUCUGUUUUUAGGAAGCCUGUAAGAAGCCCUUUUUAAUUCAAUUGACACACAAUUACUUAAAGUUGCUCAGUAGUCUCCAAAUUUGUGGACGUAUUAUUUUAAUCUAAGCCAAGAGAAUAUUGCCGGUGGCAAACCUAUUCACAGCGGAAUUUGUUAUAUGGCAUUUAUAAUAAGCAAAACUGAUGUCAUUGCUUAUAUACAUGGAAAACGGUAAAUUAUAAUGUCUUGAAAUGUUCUCAAGACAACUUCCUCAACACAUUUCACUUGUCACAAUAUGCAUUCCUUUUAGACAAUACAGAAAGUGUGCAACUCCUGCCAACUCGCUUUGGAAACACAUUGUGGGGCUUUGUGUGGUUUUUUUUUAAGUGUGCUACUGUCACAUCACUGCAUUCAGUGUCCCCUUGCAAGCUGUAGACAAUGACUUGAAGUAGAAGACAGGGAGGAGGUGCUAAACAUGAUAUUGCAUUGAAAGUCAAUACAGCAAUGUCCUGGUCCAUUGGUAAAGAGAGAAUAUGUAAUAACUUGGCCUUGGGGAAAUUCACAACAGAACUGGCUUGAGGCUUUAAAUUUUAGGCUAAGCCGCAUAACAUAUUGUCAGCCAUGCUCUCAGUAGGCUCCAUGUAUAUCAGCAGCAGUCUUUUUGUAAAAACAAGGCUGUGCAUUUGCCACUCUAGAAUUUCACAUAGUGAUAGUUAACAUUUUUAAAAUCAGUACCAUCAUAUUUGGAAAUCGUUGAUGUUGAGAGAAGCCUUACACUGGGUGUAUGUUCUUCACAGCAUGUUCUGGUGCAUGUUUACUCAGAUGUAAGCCCCACUGUGUUCAGCUGGGUCUACUCCCAACUAAAUAUGCACAGCAUUACAGCCUUAAAGUUUGUAUAUUUUGCACAAUAUGAAGUGCGCCGUCGAUUCCUUGUACAAAGAUGGGACAAAUCAUUGUAAAAAAUUUUUUGUUAUUGUUAAGUCAUGGAAAGGUUACUAAAAUUUAGUUUCAAAAACAGUUAGGUGUGUUGUGAUGUAAUCCUAGAAAUUGUAGAUGUACCCUGAUAUUGUACAGAGGUACUUAGUGAAAGUGUCAUUCAUGUAACUGUGGCAUAAGCUUUUGUGUGUUA